UUUCAUAAUCUCUUUCUUCUCCCCGCCCCCCGCCCAUAUCUGCAAUUUCACACUUAACAACAACAGUCCGCCAUAUUCAUCCAUCCAUGGCUUCUUACGCCAUUACUAAUCCUCUCAUGUCCUCAAAUUUCCUCGCCAAUUCUUUAAUCUUCAUCUCUCCCCCAACUCCUAAAACAACAACAACAACCAGAUUCUUCCCUUUUCUCUCUAAUCGAAAAAGAUUUCUAAUCCCACAAUCGCUCCUCAAACCAGGAGGAGGAGGAACAAGAUCAAAUAAUGAAUUUCAAUCCGUUUCAUCCAAAGCUACUUUAUCUACUAUACUCCUCCUCUCCUCAAUUUCUCCCCAAGCUCUCGCCAUCGAUGCUCCAAUCACUCCACCACCUGUAAUUCAACUCGAAAACCCUAGCUCAAAUCCAACAAAUUCGCCCCUGUUUUCGCAAAAUCUCGUCUUGACAGCGCCGAAACCACAAGCAACAACACCUUCCGAUCUCCCAGAAGGCGCGCAGUGGCGGUAUAGCGAGUUCUUAAACGCGGUUAAGAAAGGGAAAGUCGAGAGGGUUCGAUUUAGCAAGGACGGCGGCGGACUUCAGCUCACUGCCGUCGAUGGUCGUCGCGCGACCGUGACCGUCCCCAACGAUCCAGACCUCAUCGAUAUAUUGGCAAUGAAUGGCGUUGAUAUUUCCGUUGCUGAAGGAGAUUCAGGCAAUGGUAUUUUCAGUCUUAUUAGUAAUUUGUUUUUCCCUUUACUUGCAUUCGCUGGUCUUUUCCUCUUAUUCGGACGAUCUCAAGGCGGUCCUGGCGGACCUGGUGGAUUAGGAGGAGGACCUAUGGAUUUCGCUAGGUCGAAAUCGAAGUUCCAGGAAGUACCAGAAACCGGGGUUACUUUCGUUGAUGUUGCCGGAGCUGAUCAAGCUAAGUUGGAGUUACAGGAAGUAGUAGAUUUUUUGAAAAAUCCUGAAAAAUACACUGCCUUGGGAGCUAAGAUACCAAAAGGGUGUCUUCUGGUUGGGCCGCCUGGUACAGGGAAAACAUUACUAGCUAGAGCAGUGGCUGGAGAGGCAGGAGUUCCUUUCUUCUCAUGUGCGGCUUCGGAAUUCGUUGAACUGUUUGUUGGUGUGGGUGCGUCGAGAGUUAGGGAUUUGUUUGAGAAGGCGAAAUCAAAGGCGCCGUGCAUUGUGUUUAUUGAUGAGAUUGACGCGGUUGGGAGACAGAGAGGUGCUGGUCUUGGAGGUGGGAAUGACGAGCGAGAACAGACCAUUAACCAGCUGUUGACGGAGAUGGAUGGAUUUUCGGGGAACUCGGGUGUGAUUGUUUUGGCGGCAACUAACAGACCGGAUGUUCUUGAUUCAGCAUUGUUGAGACCUGGUAGAUUUGAUCGGCAAGUGACUGUGGACAGGCCUGAUGUUGCUGGCAGAGUUAAGAUCCUUCAGGUGCAUUCAAGAGGAAAGGCACUUGGGAAAGAUGUGGACUUUGAAAAGAUAGCGAGAAGAACACCAGGAUUCACGGGUGCAGAUUUGCAGAACCUGAUGAACGAAGCUGCUAUUCUAGCAGCUAGGAGAGAGUUGAAGGAGAUAAGCAAGGACGAGAUAUCGGAUGCCCUUGAGAGGAUUAUUGCUGGACCGGAGAAGAAAAAUGCAGUAGUUUCGGAAGAGAAGAAGAAACUGGUGGCUUAUCAUGAGGCUGGUCAUGCUUUGGUGGGUGCAUUAAUGCCUGAGUAUGAUCCCGUUGCUAAAAUUUCUAUAAUUCCUCGUGGACAAGCUGGUGGUCUUACCUUUUUUGCACCAAGUGAAGAGAGGCUCGAAUCUGGACUGUAUAGCAGGAGUUAUUUGGAGAAUCAGAUGGCGGUUGCACUUGGAGGAAGGAUAGCGGAAGAGGUUAUUUUUGGGGAAGAAAAUGUUACGACAGGUGCGUCAAAUGAUUUUAUGCAAGUAUCGAGGGUGGCAAGACAAAUGGUGGAAAGAUUUGGUUUCAGCAAGAAGAUUGGACAAGUUGCCAUUGGAGGAGGUGGUGGCAAUCCCUUCUUGGGUCAACAGAUGUCGUCCCAGAAAGAUUACUCAAUGGCUACAGCGGAUGUGGUAGAUUCAGAAGUUAGAGAGCUGGUUGAACGUGCAUACUCGAGAGCCAAACAGAUCAUCACAACCCACAUCGAUAUCCUUCACAAACUCGCACAACUUCUUUUGGAGAAGGAAAGUGUUGACGGUGAAGAGUUCAUGAGUCUCUUUAUUGAUGGCAAAGCACAACUUUUCGUUUCUUGAUUUAUUCCUUCUUCUGUCUACGAUGGAUGUACAGAAUAAUAGAGAAUAUGUAAAACCCAAAUUGUCAUUUUAUACGAGGUUUGUUUGAAUU